AUGUCGCAGGAGGUUCCUUUGCUCAUGGAGUCGUACCCGGGAUCACGAUGGGAAGACGACGCCUCUGGUAAUAGGAGAGUGGCUUACCCACCAGGUCUCUUGAGUGAUGUCCAAUCUUCUUUGGAUGUUGAUCAGGAUGCGAUCUUUGGCGUAGUGAUGCCGAGAGCGAAUUCAUCUGUUCGCGCAGGCGAACUGCCACCUCGAUUAAUACCAGAGUUGCAAGCUCUUGCAGCUUCGUCAACAAGACAACAACAAGCCUUCAACAACAAAUCUGCAAGCUCCAUUAGCAGUCCAUCAACUCGAUUUUCCAAUUCUCCGAGUCCAUGGAGUGUGUCCACCACAACGACAACCCCUACAUCCUGGUCUUCAGCAUCUCCUGGUAUUGUGCAGCAAGUUCCCGUGACAGGUCCUGCAAAGCGGUCUCAGACAGUCCCGUUUCCUGCUGCCAAGCGCGAAAAACCUCCCAAGAUGCCGGCUCUCCCAGAGUCUCUUCCUCCACCGGUCGCAAGUGAAUGGCUGGCAAGUUCCAAGGACUCGGUGAAGUCGUCCGGCAGGAAGAGAACACCCUUGAACACGCCAGCCCCUACCCCACCUCCAAGGUCUUCGUCCGCGAAACAUUCACUAAGUAGGAGCAGCAGCAAAAGCGACAAGCAACGUGGGAGACCGGACCAGGAGCCUACACGUUCUUUAUCCGAUUUAGAACGCAGCCCUUUGGCAGCUCGAGGCUACCUAGACCGGGUAAAUGUUGGGCAAUCCCUCCAGCACCGCCCGAUUGUCCGUGCUCAUGCCAAUCUCCAGCAGUCUUUACAUGACAAACCGCGGAGCGAAAACCACCAAGGUGUAGACAUCUUCGGUGAUCAGAGAAAUCGCGCACCUUCCACACGCCGACAUCCAGAUGUAACACAACAGAAUCUCGAGACUCAAUCUCGGCCGACUGAGUUUCCUAGAAUACAGGAGAUGGCCGCGGCAAUGGAAGGUCGUCCAAAGACCCCUCCAAAUCCGGACUUAGCAUCGCAAAGCUCAACAGGUCGCGCAGGCAAAUUCUCUCGCUUCGGACUGUUUGGUCGCCGAACCAAGUCUCCUGCCAUCGAAGUUGAAAAAUCCCCCCGCAAGCUGCAACGCAGAGGGCCUGCUGCUGGGACAGGCCACGAAGGAUACGGAAAAUAUGGGAGAAGGGGCCGCAAGACAUCUGAAGAGAGCAAUUCAGCCAGAGGAAGCGAAAGUGAAAGGUCCGUGAGCAGCACUAGAAGGAUCCCUCUUUUCUCCUCCAAGGGCAAGGAGAGCCGCAGUAGCAGCCGCCACAAUCGAAGCAGCCAAUCCGAUCUGGACGACUUUGCAGCGAGUCGAAUGAAACCCAUCCCUAUCAUCGGUGGCUCUGGCAGUAGUAUGAAGAGCAUUUCGGGAACUCGACUUGACGCAUACGAGAGCUCUUCUGCUCCACCUGCUAAUGUUGUGGAGACAUGGGGAACCGCAUCGCAGUCGCAGACGUCUAUUGGUCGACAGUCAGUCGAAGACAGUCCACAGAGAGCUCAGGACCGGCUAUCAAGCCAGAAUAGUGUUCCUACACUGGCACUGCGACGAUCACAACGCUUUGGCAAUGAUCCAGAGAGCUUCAAUCUCCCAACAUCAAUUCGCACCGAAGGACUUUCGGCGCCAUUGUAUAUCAACAGCCAAGACGACAGUCGUUCUUCCGCUUUUCCAACCUCGACACCUAGCACAACGACUGAUCCCAGCCGAGGCGAUACCGGGCUCCAAAAAUCGAAGGAUAAGAAGACUCGGAAGCUUCGGUGGAAUAUCUUUCGAAAGAGAGGGACCGAACCAGAACCCGUGAGACGUGUCGGCGCAAUUUCAUCUUCGCCCGAGGAGAUGCCAGUCAGCAUAUCCGCUAUUCCUGUCUCUCGGCCUAUGCCGUACUAUGCCAUGAUGGAUUCUGAGAGUGAAGUCAAUCCACCUGAGUAUGUUGGAGACUACCUUGCGCAGGUCGUUGAUUCACCAGCGGUGAGUCCAUUGAUCGGCGGUUACGAGGCAGACUUUGCAGAAGAUGAACCGCAAACAUCCAUACAUGGGGACGACACCUUUUCCCGAACUGUACAAAUGUCGCCCCCACAACCGUUUUCGAGGUCGCCACCGGCAGUGCCGCAGCUGAGCCAGGCUGAGCACGUUUCGAUUCAAACAGAAGAGCCGCCACAGAAACAGCCGCGCCUGAUCCGAGUUGGAAGGAUCCCACCCGUUGUACCGAGGAACGAGAGGCAGCACAAACCGAGUCGCGCCUCCUUUUCUCAGCCAUUUGUCAGGGACCCUCCCUCUGAAAGUCCAUUCAAUCCGUCGGAACCCUUUGACCCCCUGCUGUCUAUGCCACUCCAGAUCAGUACGGAUGUACUACCAAGUAGACCAUUCGCUGCAGUGGAUGAAGCCACCAAACUUCCUAGUGCACCAGUGUUAGGAGAGACGGAGUUCCUGAGAUUCCCGUCGAGGCAACCAUCAGAAGUCUCUGCAUCCAGCAGCUCUGAGGGAGUUUUAAGUGUGCUUGGACCCCCUCUGAUUCCAAGUAUACCUGCUGGUGGCAUUUCUGGAAGACCUAUUGCAGCUCAAGAUGUCUAUCCAGCUGGCAGCCCCAGCCUCGAUGAUGUCUGGAAUGAAUACGACGAUUUCAUUGACCAUGUUAUGUCACCUUCUCGAAGCAGAAGAAGUGUAAAGGCUCUGGCACGGCGAGGUAAACCAGGACUGGUGGAUCUCGAGUCUCUUCCAAGGCCGACCCCGUUGGACCAACACCCCGAGGACGAACGAUCCGAUCCUAUCUUAGCAGAAUUUCCCGUUCCUGGCAUGAGAAGACCCGUCUACUCACAGACUCUGGCGACAUCAGCUACCCCUCCAGUAGUCUUUCCACCACCAACAAUGGCUGAACGCGUCGUAGGGGAGGAUAUUCGAUUGCGCCGGUCCAGAAUCGUCUCGGCAUUGCAUCAUUCAAGCGACCCUGUAUCACCUUUCUCAAUUCGCGAUAUACUAAGCGAGUACGAAAAUCAUUCAAGACAAAGCACUAAACUCUCGGAGCGCUUGAGCACAUCUACGGCAAAUCCCUCCCUCGAGCGUCUGACGGCAACAAUCAGUGCACCUGAGCUGGCCCCGGAAUCAUCUCAUCAAGAGAACGUUGCUCGUUUGGACGUUGUUGAACGAGGCAAGGACCCAGCGGCACAGUCAGAGCUGCACUACGCAUCGCUCAUGGUGUCAAAGUGGUUAUCAUUUGGACGAGUUCUAUUCUCGCCUGCUCAUGAUGAUAUCCUGAAAUCUCCAGAGCGUCACAUCCUUGUCAUUGACGGUCUAGGCAACGAAGAUUGGUCAAUAUAUUGUGCAGUGACUUAUGAAGCGCAAAAGGCAUAUGUCCACGAUCUCAAAGAGAAGGUUACACCCAAAGGAAUGAAGACUUCGAAAGCGACCCAGCAUGCACCAGACAAUCAUCGACGAGCCGAAAUCCCGAGUUUCUACGAAAAGUUUCCUUUCCCACAGGACUUCUUCUCCGUGGUUGUCCUCCGCUUUCCUCCCGCAAUGGCCGAAGCAAAGAUGAAGAACAUUGUUUCUGAAUGCAGGCGGGUAUUAGAACCAGGCGGCUAUCUGGAGCUAAUGCUGCUAGAUCUUGACAUUGUCAACAUGGGCGUGCAGACUCGGAGGGCUGUCCGAGAGCUCAAGUAUCGAAUGACGACGGCAGAUAAACAGAUCAGCCUGCGACCAAUCAUCGACAAUGUCCAGAGCGUGUUAGGCUCACGGCGUUUCACAAAUAUCAGCCGCUGCGUAGUAGGGGUACCUGUCGCAGGGCGUCCUUCAGGAUCUUCCGAUUCGUCGUCGUCAUCGCGCUCAAGUCGAGGCUCGGACGGGUUACCAAAGCGAGGAUCCGGUGACACACGUCCGGGAGAUGCGUCUCCGCGAAUGACAUUCGGCCAAGGUCGCAGAGGUGCCAACCUCUCUCUGAACGACCUUCUUUCCGAUCGUUCAGACAAUGCGGAUCUUCGUAUCGGAAAGAUCGUGUCGAGGACGGCACGAACAUGGUGGCAGCAUUGUUUUGAAGCCAGCGUCAUUAGCGAUGGCAACCUCGCCAGAAGCAUAUUCGCCGACAGAAAUGUCCUGGCGGAAUGUAAAGGUCGGGGAUCGAGCUUCAAGAUGCUCAUUGCAUAUGCUCAACGACCGACUGUCGAAUCGUCACGUCGGCGAACAAUGAGUGAGCCAGUGGUCCCAACGCUGGUCACAGCAGGGGGGAAGACACAGCAUCCGCCAUCACUCAGCAAUCCACGCACAGCAUGA